AUGAACGGGGUUCCAUGGCUUACCUGUAGCGCAUUAGCCCUCGUAUGUUCAGUGUCUGGUAAAUGGAGUACGGAGGCACAGCAUCAACUAGUUGUGCUGAAUAUAGGACUUUUGACAGACUUAUGUGUUGUGGGCGUUAUUAAGUUAACCGUGCAGCGACGUCGUCCUAUCUACAACAUCGAUGAUCAGGUCUUGGAAGCUCCGUUAUUCGACGAGUUUUCUUUCCCGUCCGGUCAUAGUGCACGAGCAGCAAUGUUGGCUACAAUUUGUAGAGCUUUCUUGCCGAAAUACCGCGUAGCCGUUGGUGGGAUUGCCGUUCUGGUCGCAGUAAGUCGAGUGGCUAUGGGACGGCAUUAUUGCAGUGAUGUUAUGGGAGGUGUUGCACUGGGAUGGCUAGAAGGUAUGUCUGUACUGACAUUACCGGUCUCCUUCACAAGUUGGGUGGCAGAACUUUUUCGAUAG